AUGUUCGGCUCCGGCAGAAGCAUCGCCGACUACUCGGCGGCCGACACGAUGGGUGCCAUGGUUGGCAUGACGGUUGCUACCGUGCAAGACGCAAGCGCCUGCAUCUUCACCAGCUACAACGGAGUGGGCCAGCGGACCGGCGAUCGCGGUAGCCUCCCCGUCUCCCUGUCUUCGUCCCCGUCUCCGUCGAGGCCAUUCGAAGCCCGCGAGCCGAUGCUAACGGACUGUAUAGAUUAUGAACUCUUGAAGACGACCGCCGAUGGGGACCGCGUGGCUUUGUGGGAGAUGUUUGUGGUUUCCAGCGUGGUUCUAUGCGAGGCCUGUGGCUUCCGCUAUUUCACGCCUUGGUCUAUUGACGGCCUCGGCACCUUCCAGGACGGCGGCUUAGUGGUCAACAACCCGUCCUCGAUCGCGCUGCAAGAGGUGGCCUUCCUUUUCCCUGAAGCGCCAUACCCAAGCCUUCUGGCCUCGCUGGGCACUGGCUCCUCCUCGAGCUCGUCCGGCGGCGGGUGGUGGGACUGCUUCCUCUUCCGCCUGACGCGAGUGUUCCGGAACCGCAACAAGAACGACUGGCGGCGGGUCGUCGCACAGAAGAAGGUGGGUCAAUCCGGUGAGUUCUUCCGCUUCGAUGUCGAGUUCGACGGCUCCGAGCCGCCAUUGGACAGCCUGUCCAGCUUCGACGACGAAGAAGAUGAUGGGUGCACCUUUGAAGGCCUCCCCGCCCUGAGACGUUUGGUGUUG